AUGCUGGCUGCAAACAGAGGCCUAAUUCUUAUCCAAAUGGAGGCGUAACCGACCUGCCUUGUUAAAUUUAUAUCUUCUUUUAGGGAGUACAUUAGCAGACCGGAACAAGAAGCAGACUCAGAAAGGGAAAAACCCGUACUAGUCGACGUGUCUGAGGAGAGAGGCUCCCACGAAAGGACCAGGCCCGAUUACUGUUGCAAAAUGGCCGCUCCCGUCUCUUCUUCCAACGGAAGUAACCCCAGCAGGUUUAUGCAUUUCUUAUCGGAGGAGUAG